GAAAAUGCGAUCGUAAAUUCAGAAGCGUACGGAACAGUGAGCUCGACCGACUUCUGAGAAACCAAGACGCAAUUUUGGCUGUUUGAAGCUCAGAAAUCCUCCAAAAAUGGUGAAAUUCUUCGACGUGAUCUAUUUUGUCUCUCAUCAUUGGAGGCCUCCUCUUCCCUCCGCGCUGUAGUUCGAAUAUCCGCCGCAUAUUCACUCGGAUUAUGCUCCAAAUAUCUUCAUCCAAACCGAGUGGGUUAUUAUGUGGAGGUGGUUCCUGAUAAUUUCUUCGGAACAACACAUACACGUGCAAAGGAAGAACAUGUUUCUAAAAUGGUUGAUUUGUAUGUCAACAUGCUCCAGAAGAGUGCAGAAGAAUGUGAAGCAGAAGGGGUAGAUAUAGAAGUUAAAGUUACUGCUGGAACUCCCAUGAGGAAGGUUGUUAUGCAAGAAGUUGCAAUUUCUGAACCAACAUGGGUUAUACUUGAUAGGCACCUAAGAAGGGAUAUGAGGUUUUACCUCAGACACAUACCUUGCAAGGUUGCUAUGAUUCUUGAUAACUCGUCAGUGGAAGUUCUGAGAUCACAUUCCUCUAACAAAAAAAUUGAAUAUGUUGAAGAUAAGCUCUCCUACUCUCUAUCCAAGCAUGUGCCAGUUCUACCGAUGCAUGGUAAUGAAUACAGCGAGCAGUCCACCAUACCUUUCAGCUACCAUGGAUCUAUGUAUUCGAUAGAAAGCUCAGAGAUGGCAAAGAAUGGGGUGCCUUCAAUUGCGUCCACGUCGAAGAAGCAUAGCUCUUCCUCAAGAGAUGAUUUUGAGACAAACUCGAAUCCUAAGCUAGAGAAAUCAGGUGGCUCUGAUAAUGGCAACAAUGAAUACAACUUUCCUCCGCUGGUGAUACCACAGCAGUCACAGCCCACUUCACAGAAAUCCCCCAAUGGUCCUGCUAUGUGCGUGACUUGUGGUUUGUGCACGGAGCUUAUAUCUACGAGAUAUAGUUACGUGGAUAUACAGCUCGCAACAGAUGAUUUUUCAUCUGACAAUUUGCUAGGAGAAGGAGGAUAUGGUCCUGUAUAUCUAGGCAGGCUGAAAGAUGGCCAGCGUAUUGCAGCAAAGGUGCAAAGGGAAGCGAGUAUAGUCGGGCCUUCAGAAUUUAAUUCCGAAGUGUACAUCCUAAGCUUUGCACGUCAUAAGAAUAUUGUGAUGCUUCUUGGUCAUUGUUCCAAAGAAGACCGUAACAUCUUGGUUUAUGAGUACAUUUGCAAUAAAUCACUCAACUGGCAUUUAUUUGAAAAUACAGAGCGUGUUCUUGAAUGGCACCAGAGGUAUACUAUUGCCAUUGGAAUUGCCAAAGGGCUGCGCUUCCUGCAUGAGGAGUGCCGUGGAAGUCCAAUCAUCCAUCGGGAUGUUUGGCCAGGCAAUAUAAUGCUCACGCAUGACUUUGUUCCUAUGCUUGGGGACUUUGGGUUUGCAAAGUGGAAGAUGGAUGGGGAUGACGUACAGACGAGAAUUCUUGGCUCCCUUGGAUACCUUGCGCCAGAGUAUGCUGAGAACGGCAUUGUCUCUAUAAGGACAGAUGUUUAUGCAUUUGGUGUCGUCUUGAUACAACUGAUCUCUGGACGCAGGUCGAUAGAUUUGGAUAGAGAUGGCCUACAAGUGCCUCUCAGACAGUGGGCAUUACCUCGUAUUGAGGCUCUUUCAUUUAAGGAACUUUCCGAUCCCCGUCUUGAGGAGCCAUGUAGCACAUGUGAACUCUACUACAUGGCUAGAACUGCAUAUGCAUGUAUUCAAACUGAACCUGAGAUGCGACCGUCAAUGGCAGAGGCGUUAUCCCUCCUCGAGGGGGAAAACGAUCAUCUCCACCAUUUGACCGAGCAAUUCAUACCUCAUUACAGCAAGUAGCUGGAAACAAGGUGUAUUAAUGACACCAGUAAUCCCCAUACUCUUCCCUUGUGUAUAUGGUUUGUGUGUAUCCUAGAAUAGUCUUGAACCCGUAGCGUUGUAGCUUUUUACGCGAUACGUCUCGUUUCUCUUGUGCUGUGUAAGACUUGUACUCUUCGUCGAGAGUGAUGUUUUGAUCCUUAA